CCGAGGCCAAAACAGCCUGAUCGUGCCCAUCGCCAUUAAAGAUUGUUUUAUUUUUUUUCUCUUUUUAAUAUAAAAAAAAUUCCAUAGGUAUCAAAGACAUACCAAAUAAUAGAGGAUGCAGAUCUUUGUGAAGACACUCACUGGCAAGACCAUCACUCUUGAGGUCGAAGCUUCUGACACAAUUGAAAAUGUCAAAGCCAAGAUCCAAGAUAAAGAGGGAAUUCCACCAGAUCAACAAAGAUUGAUAUUUGCUGGUAAACAAUUGGAAGAUGGACGUACAUUGUCUGAUUAUAAUAUCCAAAAAGAAUCAACACUUCAUUUGGUAUUGAGACUUCGUGGUGGUGCCAAGAAACGUAAGAAGAAGAAUUACUCUACUCCAAAAAAAAUCAAGCACAAGAAAAAGAAGGUCAAGCUUGCUGUUCUUAAAUUCUACAAGGUUGAUGAAAAUGGAAAGAUCCAUCGUCUUCGUCGUGAAUGCCCAUCAGAACAAUGUGGUGCUGGUGUCUUCAUGGCAGCCAUGGAAGAUCGUCACUACUGUGGCAAAUGUGGCUUCACACUUGUCUUCAACAAACCAGAAGAAGUUUAAUUAUUUAUGUAACAUUAAAUAAAUAAUAAACAAAAAUUUAUUUACAUAAAAAUAA